CUGCUCCGCUUGCCGUGGAGGACGCAUAGAGAGGCGCGCGCUGUAUCUCGCCUUCACAGGAAUUCGACGAGUUCAUUUAUAAAAAAAAAUAUUUCUUUUAAUCAGAAGGUGUGUGUUCGCUGUGCGGCGGAGCGCGAGGACGCUUCUAAUUGAGUACAAAGUAGAUUUUAAAAAGACGAGAAACAAAAGUAGCGUCCGAGGAUCAAAGCCUUCGAAAGUUUGGGCAGUAACAUUACCGAGCCCGCAUUGGAUACUUUGUUCUUUUUUUUUUUUUUUUGAAGUUUGUUUUUGGAAGACGUUAUUUUUCUCUGUAGUAUAAAAGACAGACUUCUCGCUUCUGAGUGUGUGUGAGGUGUAAGAGUGUGUAUAUAAUUCAACAAGACAUCAUGGUGCGGGACUCCGGGUUGUGUUCAACGACAGGAUUCCUCAUCCUGCUGAUCAUCCUCAAAGCUCAAGCAGGCUUGUCGGCUCAGAAGGUGCGGGUGGAGCCAGAAGUGGUGUCCUAUCCGGGCCAGACGGUGACUCUGCGCUGUCAGUUUCCCGACCCGAGCCAGACCCAGCUCACUCAGGUGUCUUGGAUUUUAGAAUCGGGCUCCAACCCCCGGACCAACAUCGCAGUAUUUCAUCCCACCUUCGGGGUCAAUUACCCUCCGUCUCCAGUGUACGGGCGGGUGAGUUUCACGGCAGAACCGCCAACUCUGGCGAGUCCAACUAUUCAGAUCACGGAAAUUCAACUGACAGAUGAAGGGAAGUACAUCUGCGAGUUCGCCGCGUACCCCUCUGGAAACGAGCAGGGUGUAACCUCGCUCAUCAUACUAGCCAAGCCCGUGAACUCGGCUCGAACCAUCACCGUGUCUGCCGGCAGCACUCCCGUCUCCGUGGCAAGCUGCGAGUCCGCUAACGGGCGGCCACCCGCAAGCAUCACCUGGAUAACGGCUCUGAACGGCAACAGCUCAGCACCGGUGACCACGGACAACUCGGACAACACGGUGACGGUGCGCGGAGAGUACAUGCUCAUCCCCACGGCAGCAGACCAUGGCAAGGACAUCACCUGCGAGGUGUCGCAUCGCACGCUGUCCAGACCCGAGACCUUCCCCAUGAAACUCGUCGUCCAAUAUCCUCCUCAGGUGCAGAUUGUAGGAUAUGACAAUAACUGGUAUAUGGGCCGGACAAGUGUGGCCUUGACCUGCCAGUAUCAGGGGAAUCCCAGUCCUCCCACUGUGAACUGGAAAGUAAGCUCAGGCUUUCUGCCGGAUUCGGUGGAAGUGAAUCAUAAUAAACUGACCAUACGGAAGGUGGACGACGCUGUGAACAACACGUUUAUCUGUGAGGUGACGAACAGCCUCGGCACCGGCAAGGACCAGGUCACUGUGUUCGUCAGAGAAGCACCCAUGCCUCCCUCCAAUGCGGGUGUGGUAGCGGGCGCAGUCAUCGGCAGCUUCCUGGCCCUCCUAUUGGUCGGCGCCCUCAUUGGCGUCUUGAUAACCCGCAGCCGCCGGCAACAGCAGGGUUACCGAGGCAACAGCAAGGGGAACUCCGCCCCUUACGACUCGGUGGCGCGUCUCUUCGGCUCGUCCGGGAGCAAGAACGGCACGGGCAAUCACGGCAACAAUAACGCGCCCAUCUACAAGGGGGACGUGGGGCUCUCCGAGAAAGCCGGGAAUAUCGGGGUGCACCAGGGGGGCGUGGCCUUGGUAGAGAACACACCCACGGCGCAGGACAUCCUGUUGAGCGGCGAGCUGGACGAGGCCGAGCGCAGGAAGUUCGACGAGCUGGAGGACGAGGACGAGCAUUACGACCAGUUCAGCGGCAGCGGGCCGAUCCUGCAGCUCCGCCCACACAACGAGGAGCCCAGCCCCGCCUACCUAGACGACGACAUGGAGUCACAGAGAGACGGCUCUAUCAUCUCCCGGACCGCCGUCUACGUGUGAGGGCGGAAGAGAUGAAGAGGAGAUGGUGAGAAAGAAUGAGAGAGAACAAGCCGAGUGAAACUAGGACUAGAGUGGACCUGCUCCCAAAGGAUUUUUUUCUUCUGUUUUGUUUUGAGAUUGUUCAUUUUAUUUGUCAAAAAUGAUAUAUAUAUAUAUAAAAAAAAAUAAUAAUAAUAAUAACGCACCAGAAAGAGACGGAAAUGAUGGCUGGAUGGACAGAUGGAUGGAUGGAUGGACGGACGGAUUACUCAUGUGAAUACGGGGCAGAUACAGGAUGGGGGGGCGGGGACUGGACUGGACAGAGAGCAGAAACAAAAAGGGUUUAUACAGUACUUCCUAUUUACAGCAAUGGUUGUCAUGGAGACAAUGUCUGAGAGAGAGAACGGAGACUUAAAAUGUGCACACAUCAUUAUACAAAACACACACUCUCUCUUUCUCUCUCUCUCUAUUUUUCUCACCCUUUCUCUCGCUCACACACACGCACACACACACACACGCACAUACUGAAACACCAAGGUUGUGAUUGAAUCCACACUGUGCUUUAGUGGAUGUCUGUAAUCAUGGUUUGGUCAAAAUGAUUUAUUUUUUUAUUCUUCCUUUUCCUUUUUUUUUUUUCCUGCCAUGCGACUGUGGAGCAAGUCUGAUGAGUCUCUUGGUGUGACCUUGCUUCUCUCUCUUCCUUUCUCUUGCUUUGUGUCUCCGGCCCACUAUAUCCUGUCACCCAGAUGACUGGAGGUCGGACUCGGGACGGAGUCUCUCGCGGUGAAGUGUUCUGAUCAAGCACUUCGCUUCUCACAUGAUUGGACACACAUCAAAGUCUUCAUUUUGCCCACUGCACUUCGGUUCAUUAGAUGAAGGAAAGGCAUCAAUUAAGGCUCUACUCAACAAAUAGCUGUUUAACAACAUCAUACAGGCUUUUGAUACGCGGCUCGAGCGCACCGGAUAAUAGCAGACGAGUGCGCCAAGUCUUUUGCGCGCUUAUUACAUUGAUCAAAGCGUCAUCAUAAAUUUAUCAGCCUUCGAGACACUUUAUUACGGUUUUGGGGGUAGCGGCAUUUUUAUAGCUUUAGCAGGAUGCUUUAAUCCGCAAGGUGUGAUUUUUGUUUUUCCGAUUUCCUCGACUACUAAGGAAGUACAGCUUCGUGUGAAUAAAUCCGACUAAAUUGUUGCAAGAACAAGAAGCACAAAAGAUUCUUCCUGAACGAAACACAGAAGAGGGGAUUAAAUCCCAGGGCCGAUCGUCUGCGCACGCCUAAUUAAGACAAAUCACGUUACGUUUCUUGCUAACUGCGGUCUGUUAAUCACUCGAAAACGGUUGUUUAUCAUCGUAGCCGCGCGCUAGGACAUAUCCGGCCUGCUCUAAACAGACUCUUCAUCGCGUGAAUGGCGGAUCGUGUCGAUGAGGCCACGUUUCCUGAUCCCGAUCACGAUCACUGCCGAAAUCUCUGGCUUAAUUAGAGCCACUCUCAGCGAUUCGUUCCGUUUAUAGCGCCGCACGGCUCGAGCGCUCAUCAUUAAUCACGAUCAGCAGGUCGUUCAGUGUUUUGCUAGAUUUCAAAAUGUUUUAAUUGACCCCUAAAUCAAAGAAGGGGAAAAAGAAACAUGGACGGACGAGCUCGCUCACACGAACGUAUGCAGUCAAUCAGUCGGCGCCGCUUCCUUACCAGCCGAGGAUCCGACAUCAAUAAUCCCGCCGCACAUAAAGCCUUGACCUUCCGUCUACGUGCGCGGGGAAGAUGUAAUUAAUGGCGAAAAUAAUCAUUACCGCUACAUUGAGCUCUAAUCUCUAAUUGUACAAAGCUAAUUAAUCAACUCCAUAUUUAAUAAACGCGCACGUCCUAAUUGGUUGUCAUGGCCGCGCGGUUAAAUAUAUCUCUUCUCACACAGUCGGCUUUUCGUAUUCCUUUCUUCUAAUCUCUCCUUUUCAUUUAUCAGUGUUUGGUCUCUUGGUCUGAAGGCGGGCGCUAUUCAUAGAGAGAGGGGGAGAGAUAAAGCCUGAUGAAAUUACUCGUUGAGAAAGCGUGAUUGUGUUCGUGUGUGUGUGUGUGAGUGUAUAUAUACAUACAUAUAUAAAUAUAUCUAUUUUUCGGUGUAAGGUGUCUGCAACAUAUAUGUACACAAUUUAUUUUUCUUAAACGAGGAAAAUGUGAUAAAUGUCCAAACAUCUAUUGUAAAUAGGCAAUUAGACGGAUCGCUGCCCGCUCGGUGUUUCUGCCCGCAGAUCAGCCCUAAACCGCCUGGCACUAAAUGUCAUCUCCAAUUGAAUUUUUAUUUUACAAUCCAUCUGUUCGAGAAAGGGGCGGGGGGGGGGAAUCAAUAAGUGGUGUAUUCACACACAUUAGUGUACUGUGUACUGUAGGCACCUAUUUUUAGUGAGCGGUGAAGUCUCACACACCUAUAGAGACCUGUUUCAGUGAGUGAUACGGCUUCGCGCGCACACACACACACACACACACACACACA